ACAACUUUACCAUUUUUUUUCUUUUAUUUCUACUCCCAAAACACAGUGCCUAUAAUUUAGCACUCCAUAUCUCCCUCCCAUUCUUGCAAACAUCUCUUUUCCUAUUUUUAAGGCCUUUCCUUUUUCUUCACAAUUUAUUUAUUACAUUGACAUUUUUGGGUCUUAAAUUUGUGACUUUCCUCCAGCUAAACAACCCAAAAUCAUAGAAGGGUGUUAGAACUUGACAUAUAUAUACACAUUGGUCAAAAGGGUGAGCUUUUGUAAGAACCCUUGUUGUGUUCAGGCUUUUUCACAAUGCAAAGCAAGAAAACAACUGUUCUGUUUUGACUUAGACCAUUAUUGUUAAAACCCCAUCUGGGUACUCAUAAUCUUGGAGUUUGAUGCAAUGGGCUUGAAAGGGCAUGGUGGAACUGGAACUAGUAGCAAUAAUAUGUUUGAUAUGGGAGUUGUUUCUAUGCACAAGCGUUCUCAGAGCUUCCCUGACAAGAGUGAUCUCCUGGGAAAUAAGUCGGAUUAUGUACAUGAAACAUCUGACUGCUCGAAAAUGGAUAUGAAGCACUUGCAAAGCAGCACGAGCUUGAAACCAAAACCUUUGCCCAAUGCCGAAGUCCGAAACUUGUUGAGACAAGAGAUACUACAACUUGAGAAAAGAUUACAGAACCAGGUCGCAAUUCGUGGCGUGCUAGAACAGGCACUGGGUUAUAAGUCCAUAUCCAAUGACAUUGGGAACGAGGUCUCAAUUCCUAAGCCGGCCACUGAACUGAUCAAGGAAAUUUCAGUACUAGAGCUUGAAGUUGGGCAUCUGGAGCAGUAUCUUCUCUCGCUCUAUCGACAAGCAUUUGAUCAACAAGUAACCUCUACAUCUCCAUCAAUGAAAGACGGAGGACCAAAAUCACCCAAAACUUCUGCAAAAGAAAAAUCUGAAGUAAGAUCUGGAGUUAGUACAAUGUCAAAUAUGGAGAAACCUUCUCCUAGAUCUACUUGCAUAAAUCCACAGAAGGACUUGAAUGAUCUAGGUGGUGAGGAUAGACUAGUAGAAUCUGGUGUCUAUCGCUGUCGCUCAUUUUUAGCUCAACAUUCAACUUUGUCGUCACAAAAUUCUCCCCUGGCAGAAUCUUUGGGCAGAGAUGUACGUGCUUGCUAUUCACAGCCUUUGUCCAUGAUGGAGUAUGGGCAAAAUACUGCUUCAAAUAUAAUUAGUCUGGCAGAGCAUCUUGGUACCCGUAUUUCUGAUCAUGUGCCUGAGACGCCAAACAAGCUUGCAGAGGAUAUGAUCCAAUGCAUUUCAGAUAUAUAUUGCAAGCUUGCUGACCCUCCAGUUUUGGAUCAUGGACUCUCAUCACCCACAUCAUCAUCGUCAUCAAUGAGUGCAUUUUCUCCAAAGGAUCAUUCUGGAAUGUGGAGUCCAGGGCUCAAGAAAUAUUCAUCUCUUGAUGAGCGUUUGGAUAAUCCUUUCCAUGUGCAAGGGCUUAAGGAAUUCAGUGGGCCUUACAGCACGAUGGUUGAGGUGCAGUAUAUAUAUAGAAAUGAUAAAAAGUUGGCUGAAGUUGAACACAUGCUACAAAACUUCAGAUUUCUUAUAUCUCGUUUAGAAGAAAUAGAUCCCAAGAAGAUGACACACUCUGAGAAGCUAGCUUUCUGGAUCAACGUACACAAUGCUCUAAUGAUGCAUGCAUACUUGGCUUAUGGGAUUCCACAAAACAAUGUGAAGAGACUCUUUAUUCUCUUAAAGGCUGCCUACAAUAUUGGGGGUCACAUAGUAAGCGCAAAUUUGAUACAAAGUUCCAUACUGGGAUGCCGGAUGUCUCGUCCUGGACAGUGGCUUCGGCUGUUGCUAUCUUCAAAGUCAAAAUUUAAAUCGGGAGAUGAACGACAGGCAUACUCAAUCGAGCAUCCAGAACCACUUUUGCAUUUUGCUCUUUGUUCUGGAAGCCAUUCUGAUCCAGCGGUUCGAGUUUAUACACCCAAGUCAAUAGCAAAGGAAUUGGAAGCCGCAAAAGAUGAGUACAUUCGAGCUACCUUUGGUGUGAGUAAAGACCACAAAAUCUUGCUCCCAAAAAUUGUGGAAUCUUUUGCCAAGGAUUCUGAUUUAUGCACUACUGGCAUAGUGGAGAUGAUCCAGAAGUCUCUACCUCAAUCUGUUAGAAAGAGCAUAAAAAAAUGUCAAAUGUCAAAGUCCAAGAAGAUCAUUCAAUGGGUUCCCUACAAUUAUAAUUUCCGAUAUCUUAUUUCGAAAGACCUGGAAAAAUGACUGCUUGCACGGGUAAGCGUAAAUUAUUAGCAUCUCUCAGCUCAUAGGCAGUUUUUGUGUUCAAAGUCUGGAAUUCGGAGUUAUUGUACAAAAUGAAGUAGUUCAUCAGGCGAAGGAGAUGAUUUAGUAUAUGUACUUUGCAUGAGAGCAUGUAUAAUCUCUACUUCAAUAUCAUGUCAUAACAACUGCAUUAUUUCUAAAUAGUCUCUGACCACUUGUGAAUAACUAGAGCAUUAUUUUUAUGCA